UGAAAGAUCAGUGUUUGUGGAUGCUGCUGGAGUCGGCUAUGGUUCCUUGAAGAACAGCAGCAGCCACCAAAGCCAUCAGAUGGAGUGGGACUCGAACUAGAAAUAAGAGGACUUCCAUACAAAUAUAUCGGGGAGACAGCUUUGGUUUUCUCUGAAGUUUCUGCUGUUGGAGCUGCAGGACUCUUUCGGACGAACAUGGAGAGCGGAGCUCCUCCUCGAGGAUGUGGAUCCACCGUCAACUCCGUUUAUUACAACCUGUGUGACCUGGCCACAGUCUGGGGGAUCGUGGUGGAGGCCAUCGCGGCCGCCGGUGUGAUGGCUUCCCUCAUCCUGUUCAUCGUCCUCAUGGCCAGCCAGAGGUUUGCCACAGACAAGAAGAGGAAAGCCAUGGUGGUCCUCCAAGCUGGCGUCUUAAUCUUCACUCUGGGACUCUUCGGCCUGACGUUUGCCUUCAUCGUGGGGCGCAACUCCACCAGCUGUUCCGCACGAAGGUUCCUCUUCGGGGUUCUGUUCGCCGGCUGCCUGGCCUGCCUGCUGAUGCAUGCGGUUUGGCUGGCGCUGCUGGAACGCCGAGGAUGCAACCCCCGAGGAUGGAUGCUGUGUUUGGGAGCGUUGGCUGUCUGGUUGGUCGAGAUCAUCGUCAACACCGAGUGGCUUGUCAUCACUGUGGUGGUGAGUCCGGCGGAUGUCUCCGAUCCGUCAUGCAGCAUCCGGAACCAGGACUUUGUUAUGGCUCUGAUUUACGUUCUGGCUCUGCUGCUCGCCGUGCUGGUGAUGGCGCUUCCUUCCCUGACGCACAAGUGCAAGCAAUGGCGCCGCGACGGCGGCUUCAUCAUGCUCACCGGCAUCUUCACUGCUGUGGUUUGGGUGGCGUGGAUCUACAUGUACACCACUGGGAACCAAGCAGUCGGAGAUCCCAGCUGGGAUGAUCCCACUCUGGCAGUAGCUCUGGUGACCAACGCCUGGGUGUUCCUGGGCUUCUACAGCAUCCCCGAACUCACCCGGCUGUCCAAGGAAGACCCGGACCCGGAAUUGCCACACGACGGACAGCACUACCCGGCCCGGAGCCUUGUGUAUGACAACAUCUUAAAACGCGCCGAGUCCACCCAUCACAACGUUUACAUGGAGAACAAGGCCUUCACUGUGGAUGAGCCACCAGCAGUUCCAGCCAAGCCAGUGUCUCCAUACGGCUCCUACAACGGUCAGCUGAGAAGCUGCGUCUAUCAGCCGACUGAACUGGCCCUGAUUGCAAAAGGCAUGACCAAGAAGGACCAAGAGACCAUCAUCCCUCGUGCGACACUUCCAUCCAUGCCCUCAGGAAGCAGCAGCUCGGCCGACCCCUUUAACACAGACGACAACUGAAGCAGCUUUCUGUUGAAAUGACACGCCAAGAUAAUAUCAUCCUGCACAACCCAUCGUCUCCUCUCUCCACCUCCAGUGUCUGUCCUGCUGGAGAAGCUGGACCAAAGUGAAUUGGUCAUCAUGAAAUCUAGGAUUGUAUUUCUACUCAAUGCUCUUGUAUUACGGAACUGGUGGCAUGACAUUCCAACUGUUGAAGAUAAAUACACACCUUCCUUUUGAUAUAAGUAACACAUAUCAAGCUGUAGCAUCAGACAAUAAUAAAUACUCUUAUUCAAACUUCUAUUUAUCAACUGUGAUGAACCAGGAAUGUAAAAAUAUUGCGUGACAAUCUGCAACAUCAGAUCACAAAGUACACUGUGACAUGAAGUAUGUUUGACUGCUACUUUACUUUACGUGAA